UAGGACUCGCAAAAACCUAUUUACAGGCUCUAUUUAAAAUAUUCUCCAUUUAAAAUCGUGAUUAUUUUGCAUUAUCAUUCCCUCGCCCGAUAAGAUAAGACAAGCAGUUGACACAUGGGCAAGCUCUCGUCCGCCAUUGGCCAAUUCCCCCUCCCGGAGCCGCGCUUUUCUUCGUGCACUAGCGGGCGGCAGCUCCUUCCUUGGCCUGGCGUGGAUCUCACGAUGCACACUGAACUGCACCUGCGCUGCAUUCCCAAACCUUGCGGGGCCCUGCACCUUCACCUGCACCGAAUAGCAGAACAGAGCUACUUUCUCGUCCACUCGAGCUGCACCAGGUAUAUUUUUCUCUUCUCUCUCACAACUUCCUCUUCAACACCACAGCGGACUCCAAGCUUCAAUCGAUCCUCAGUUCCGCCUUCCGUCAUUCCAAGAAUGACGUCCCGAUGCUAAUUGUCCAAGACCUCAAGAACAAGAACACAUACUGGCAAGCUUCAACUGUCGGACCCCGCGGACGAUAUCGAUUUGGCCCUGGCCUGGUCGUCAUGAAAUUCGGAGAGCAGCUGCGCACGAGCGUGAUCAAGGAGUACCAGUGGUACUACAUCGCGUACGAUGAGCUCAAGGCUCAACUGAAGACCGAUUGGGCCACGCCACCUACCAAAACGAAGCCGAAGGGCAAGCGACGAGAAUGGAGCGAGGAUGACGAGAGCAAGUUUAUUGGCAGACUGGAGCAGGAGCUGGACAAGGUGCACACCAAGCAGAAGGUCAAGGCUAUUGAGAUUGGCAGACGUAUUGGGAACAGCGAGAAGGAGGUUAGUGAUGUGGUUGCACGUCUGGAUAGCAGAGGACCGAUUGGCAGAGACGGGCAGAGCAAUAACGACGACGCGCCGACCGAGGAGGAAUUCAUGAUGUUGGAGGAGGACCUCAGCGAUAUCAUCGCAGAUGUCCAUGAUUUGGCCAAGUUUGUGCAGCUCAACUAUACUGGAUUCCAGAAGAUUAUCAAGAAGCAUGAUAAACAAACCGGAUGGAUGCUUAAGCCAGUCUUUGCAACCAGGCUAAAGGCCAAACCAUUCUUCAAGGACAACUACGAUGCAGAUAUCGUCAAGCUUUCGAGGUUAUACGAUAUUGUUCGAACGAGGGGAAAUCCAGUUAAGGGAGACAGUGCUGCUGGUGGAAGUCAAGGAAACUUCAUUAGAAACACCACCAAGUACUGGGUACACCCAGACAACAUCACAGAAGUCAAGCUUAUCAUCUUGAAGCAUCUCCCUGUUCUUGUCUUCAACCCAAAUAAAGAAUUCGAAAUGAAGGAUUCUGCCAUCACUUCAAUCUAUUACGAUAAUCCAGACAAGUGGGACCUCUAUGAAGGCAGACUGAAGAAGACGGAAGGAGCAGAAGCCCUCCGUAUGCGAUGGUAUGGUGGAAUGGAUACUGAGACAAUUUUCGUAGAAAGGAAAACACAUCGCGAAGACUGGACAGGAGAGAAGUCCGUGAAGGCCCGAUUCGCUAUUAAGGAGAAGAACUUGAAUGCCUACUUGAGAGGAGAGAUGCUACCAGAAGCGAUCUUCGAGAAGGCUCGUAAGGAUGGAAAGAAGCCUGCGAAGCAAAUCGAUGAAGACGAGCGACUUGCGAAGGAAAUUCAAUACUCCGUCCUGAAGAAGGGAUACGUACCAGUCUGCCGAUCAUUCUACAACCGCACAGCAUUUCAAUUGCCAGCAGAUGCGAGAGUCCGUAUUUCUCUGGAUACCGAAUUGACCAUGGUGCGGGAAGAUAACCUUGAUGGAAGGAAAAGAGCCGGAAAUAACUGGCGAAGAAUGGACAUUGGUAUCGACUAUCCAUUUUCACAACUUCCUGCGGAAGAUAUCGAGCGCUUCCCCUAUGCCGUCUUGGAAGUCAAGUUACAGACCCAAGCAGGCCAAGAACCACCCGAAUGGGUUCGUGAACUGAUUGCGAGUCAUCUUGUCGAAGCCGUUCCCAAGUUUUCCAAGUUCAUCCACGGUACCGCAACCCUUUUCCCGACCAGAAUCCACCUGCUCCCGUUCUGGAUGCCACAAAUGAAUGUCGAUAUCCGGAAGCCAGUAACACAACACUUCGGUAUUCGACGACCAGGUAACUCCAAUCCAAGUUCCACCAGUGACGACGACGAUGAUGAUGAGGAUGACGAUUCGGAUGAAGAGGAAUUCGACGAAGAGUCGCCUGCUACUACCGCCAUUGGUAGUUCAGACGAGAAUGUCAACCGGAUCCGCGCACGAGAUAGUGAGAAUCGAGCUCCCAGGAACGAACUCGAUGUCGAAGAGCAGGUCGGAGCACAACCUCUUGAUCUGGAUGAAGCAUAUCCCAUUUAUGAUUCAGAUGAUGAAGACAAUGAGUCCGAUCGCCUCGAGGAAGCUAGACAGAUCGGAGGCUGGACAUACUACUCUCAAUUCAUCAAGAGCAAGAGCAAGCUGGCUGCAUACAAAGUAGCCAACACGAUCCAGACACUCCGUCAACCAAGUACCAUCCCAGCCAAUGGAAAUGGCAGUCUACCAGCACUCGAUAACAGCAAGAUCACGAGCAAAAGGUUCAAGGCACCAAAGGGAAAGAAGAUCCAUGUCUUGGUCAGAGUAGAACCCAAAGUCUACUUCGCCGCCGAGCGAACAUUCCUCUCAUGGCUCGAAAACUCAAUCUACAUCGGCUCCAUCGCCGCCACAGUCCUCAACUUCGGCGCUAAACCGACCAAGGCCUCGUUCUUCGCUGCCUUCGCAUUCACCAUCGUCGCUAUUCUCUCCCUCCUCUACUCCGUCGGUAUCUACCUAUACAGAAGUCAAGCGAUCAGAAAUAGAAGGGCGAUCAAGUAUCAUGAUAGUGUUGGGCCAACUAUUCUUUGCGGAACGUUGUUCGUGGCUGUUGUGUUGAAUAUGUGGUGGGAGGCGGGGGAGAGGGGGUUCAUUUCCAUGGGUGCUCGGGAGCUGUAGGCGGAGAUACUAUUAGGAUGUCGUGUGUGAAGGGGUCGAGUCCAGACUGUUUGGGCCGGAUUGUUUGGCGGGGGGAGUGGGGUGUGAGAUGUACAGAGUAAAUAGUUUGCUGAAAAGAAGGGAAGGGAUGUGUUGACCAAGAGAACUGGUAAUUUUGAUUUAUGUAGUCAUUUUGCGCCUAGCAUGGCAUAGCAUGACAUGACAUGGUACGUACAGUGUAGAUAGUCAAAGCUUAAGCUUUAGCUUCAACUUCAUUUGCGUCAAUAUGUCGGGACUCCAGAAUCGAGAUGUUUGUAUGUAUGUAUGAAACGCUAGCUAAUUUUUUCUACGAGGUUGGUUACUAAAAUCAAAAGGUUACUUACAUCCUCGAGAAGCAAUUAUGCAGAUUCAUUCCCAUGGCUAGCCUAAUGAUUACCAGGUAGGUAUUGUAUGGCUCGUGAAUAUUGAGAAUUGGUGCGAGGUGUUUUAAUUUGAUUUGGCUAGCUGGUGAGUCGGUUUUUGGAAUUGGAGAGAGAGGCUUCGCUUACUGUUGUUUGUUUACAAUUGGGACACUCACUCACUCACUCGCUAAGAGGAUACAAUACGUGCUAAUAGACCAUUCACUUGUAG